AUGCCGGUUCCCAGCAGGCAUAUAAAUAUUGGCCGAUCUCAGAGCUGGGAUGCUGCCGGGUGGUACGAGGGCCCCUGGGAGAUCGCUGAGGCUCCAGGGAGGAGGAGCUCCCUGACAGAUGGAGGCGGAGAGGGACCUUGGUCCGAGCAGCUGAACCCCGGGCUUCAGGAUGUCACCAUGCCAGGGGCUGCAGGGCCCUGCCUCUACCGGGAGGCCCUCUACAGCUCCAUGGCCGGAAGGAAGAGCUCCGUUCCUGACUUCACCUUUUACGACAGCAGACAGGCGGCGAUGUCAGCUCGCGGAGCCCUGCUACCGCGGGAUUACUACAGUGAUCCAGCUGGAGCCACCCGGGUGCCCAGAAAGCCUCGGCACCAUCGCAACCUGGGAGUCAGCCAGCCACUGCCCGGUUAUGGAGCACUGGGCAGCAGGAUGACGUGGGAUCCAGUGCAAGGCCGGGUCCCUGCCCUGCAGGACACCGGUCACCUGUACCGGGAUCCCGGUGGUAAAACGAUCCCUCAGGGGCAGCGAUCGCAGAGCAGGGCCUCGUCGCCUGCGCGGUACACAGGGGAGCCGGCCGACAGCAGGUACGGGGUGGAGGCGCCCGUCUACCCCGCCAGUCAGGUCUACAACCACGUGGGCGAGAGAUCUGUGGAUUCUGCCCCUGCCAGGCAGGCAGCCCCCACGUGCCUGGUCGUGGACCCCAGCAUGGCUGCUGCCUCCGGGGUUGGCACGGGGGCAGCUCCAGGCACCCUGAACCGAGGCUACGGGCCUGCCCAGGAGAGUGUCCACCCCAGGAUGGCUUACGAGAAUUGUGAGGCCGACCUGUCCGCCUUCCAGGGGCCUGGCGGCGGCAGGAGGAGUGUGAUGCCUGAGUUCCUGGCCUUCCUGCGGGCGGAGGGCGUGGCAGAGGCCACGCUGGUGGCCCUGCUGCAGCAGGGCUUCGACUCCCCAGCCGUCCUGGCCACGAUGGAGGAUGCCGACAUCAAGUGCGUGGCGCCCAACCUCGGCCAGGCCCGCGUCCUGAGCCGCCUGGCCAGCAGCUGCAGGACGGAGAUGCAGCUGCGCCGGCAGGGCCGGACACGCUCUAGCAGCUUCAGCCACCGGAGCGAGCUUCACGGUGACUUGUCUGCUCUGGGUGCCCCGGCCUUGCCGCCCCAGCCGGUGGGACCCUUGCAGGCGGCGUCCCCUCGGACUGGAGACCCGGCUCGCCGCCCCUCCAGUGCGCCAUCCCAGCACCUCCUGGAGACAGCUACCUACUCUGCCCCGGGGGUGGGCACCCAAGCCCCCCACUUUCCGUCCAACUCUGGGUACAGCUCUCCCACUCCGUGUGCCCUGACAGCGCGGCUGGGCCCCACGUACCUGCCACAGGCCGGAGUGGCCUUGACUAACCCGGGCCCUGCCGCGCCACUUCACCCAGGCCCCAGAACAGCCUAUUCCACCGCAUACACGGUGCCCAUGGAACUGCUGAAGCGGGAGCGCGGCGUGGCCGCGUCCCCCCUGCCCAGCCCCCACGGCAGCCCCCAGCUCCUGCGGAAGACUGGUGUCCCCGCGGAGCCCUCCACCCUGCCGUCAGCCAGCCAGAGCCUGCACUCGCCCCACUCGCCCUACCAGAAGGUGGCCCGGCGGACGGGGGCUCCCAUCAUCAUGUCCACCAUGCUUGCACCGGAACCAAGUAUCCGCCCCCAGAUCAUGAACGGCCCCCUGCACCCCCGCCCCCUGGUGGCGCUGCUCGACGGCAGAGACUGCACCGUAGAGAUGCCGAUCCUGAAGGACCUGGCCACCGUGGCCUUCUGUGACGCACAGUCCACCCAGGAGAUCCACGAGAAGGUUUUAAACGAGGCUGUCGGCGCCAUGAUGUACCACACCAUCACCCUCACCAGGGAGGACCUGGAGAAGUUCAAGGCCUUGAGAGUAAUCGUGCGGAUAGGCAGCGGCUACGACAACGUGGACAUCAAGGCGGCAGGCGAGCUCGGGAUCGCCGUGUGCAACAUCCCGUCCGCAGCAGUGGAGGAGACGGCCGACUCCACCAUCUGCCACAUCCUCAAUCUCUACCGGCGGAACACGUGGCUGUACCAGGCGCUGCGGGAAGGCACGCGGGUACAGAGCGUCGAGCAGAUCCGGGAGGUGGCGUCGGGAGCAGCCCGCAUCCGUGGGGAGACGCUGGGCCUCAUUGGCUUCGGUCGCACGGGGCAGGCGGUCGCUGUUCGAGCCAAGGCCUUCGGAUUCAGCGUCAUAUUUUAUGACCCCUACUUGCAGGACGGGAUAGAGCGGUCCCUGGGCGUCCAGAGGGUCUACACCCUGCAGGACUUACUGUAUCAGAGCGACUGCGUCUCCUUGCACUGCAAUCUCAACGAACAUAACCACCACCUCAUCAACGACUUUACCAUAAAGCAGAUGAGGCAAGGAGCAUUUCUAGUGAACGCGGCCCGCGGCGGACUGGUGGACGAGAAAGCCUUAGCCCAAGCCCUCAAGGAAGGCCGGAUACGAGGGGCGGCCCUCGACGUGCACGAGUCGGAGCCUUUCAGCUUUGCUCAGGGUCCCUUGAAAGAUGCACCGAAUCUCAUUUGUACGCCCCACACGGCCUGGUAUAGUGAGCAAGCCUCCCUGGAGAUGAGGGAGGCCGCUGCCACGGAGAUCCGCCGGGCAAUCACAGGUCGCAUCCCAGAAAGCUUAAGAAACUGUGUGAACAAGGAAUUCUUCGUCACAACAGCUCCCUGGUCAGUAAUAGAUCAGCAAGCAAUCCAUCCAGAGCUCAAUGGUGCCACGUACAGAUACCCGCCAGGCAUUGUGGGCGUGGCUCCGGGAGGACUUCCUGCAGCCAUGGAAGGGAUCAUUCCCGGAGGCAUCCCGGUGACCCACAACCUCCCCACAGUGGCACAUCCUUCCCAAGCUCCCUCUCCCAACCAGCCCACAAAACACGGGGACAAUCGAGAGCACCCCAACGAGCAAUAGCAGAGGAGGACGAAAGGUAAUCACUUAGAUACACCUGGGACCAAGAGACAGUGAAAAAUAGAUGAACUAAGAGAAAAGGAAUUUGACAGCCUUUUUAACUGAUUCUGGACAUAUGCAUCAUUGACGUUGCAGUGUUAAAACUACAAGAGCUAGAAGCCGAGACGUGGGAAAACUGAAGAUGGCGUCUGCUUACGGAAGCGCUGAAAAAGACUAGGACGUGAUUUAUUAACGACCAACUUCUGUUAUUGUGUGUUAAGUUUUUCAUCUGUGCAUCAAAUCACAAAGAAUAAAUAGAUCUUUUUCCUUUAUCAGUCCCUUGGGCACAGCAGGUCCUGAACACCUUGCUCUAGAAUGUUGCAUCAAGAGUUCUAAACAUCAAAAUAAAAAAUAUUAAGAGGAAAUCCCCAUCCUGUGACUCUAGUCCCUUCGGUCCACGGGGGCUGGUUACCUCUUUUGCUGAUAGGAAGAGUAAAUGACUACGGAAUGGGGAGAAGACUGUCUGCCGUGUGAGACGACCAAGAGCACAGGCCUGGAGACAGUACCAGCUCCCAUGCAGAGAAGUCGCUCCCACCUGAACUGCACACCGAGCGGGCAAGUUGGCUGUGAGUUCAGUAAUACCCUCUGAUGAUGCAAAAAAAAAAAAAAAAAGUAUUAAGUUUCACAAGCUGUUUGUACUCAAAUAUAUUUUCUCAGUUUCAGAUCCUCAGCUAUUUUAUUGAGUGGAAAGUCUUGAACUGAAAGGGUUCAAGAAUAAUGUUGCAUUUCCUUAUGUCUCAGGAAACACUUUUUAUGGUAACUUGUCAGAUUGUCUAUGAACAAACCCACUUUUUUAGACAUUAUUGAUAAAGUCUUCUUUUCUUCACGUGAUAUUUUAUACAAGAACACUUCAGGUGUGUUAUUAGAUGUGACUGAUUUUAACAAAUCCUAUUAGAUUUGUAUCAACUAGUUACAUGUUAUAUUCAUAGUCUUUUGUGAAUCAUCGCCUUUUUGUUUAAAAGAUGGCCUAUUUUGAGCCUUUGUAUAGGUACAUUCCUGUUUUUGUGACAAAAAAAAACCUUUAAAAUUGUCCCGAACAGAAAAAUAAUGGCUAUCAGAAAUAUGUUUUGUUUUAGUGUGAGUUACCGUUACUGUAUUUGUUUAUUGUAAAGGUGGACAUUUAGCGUUCAGUGCAGUUUUCAAUAAAAAGUAAUAAAAAUUUCUGUUAAGUUUUGAAAUUCAAGUACAUCUCACUAAUGUAAAAGUUCUCUACUUGAGAUGUUUAAAGGCAACUGCAUUUUCAAUUUCCCAAUUUCCAGUUCUUGUUAUUCCAAGGGUCAACGAUUAACAAGACUUUCCUAUCUGCCUAAUCCAUAACCAGACUCGAGUGCUGACAAUUACUUCAUGUGAGUUUAAUUGAAAAAUCAAAAACUUCACGUAAGUCCAUCCUUAACAAAAUCAUGCCAUCCUUAAGAUGAACUAGUGGGUUAGAACUAAGUCACUUCAAGAAACAAAAUUGGUCAAGUUUUGAUUUUAAUUUACCCAAAAGCAAAAUUACCUGGCUCAAGCAUCAAUGCAGGAAGGGACGUGAAUUUCAAUUUUUUUAAAUGAUAUUAUUUACAAAGAACUGUUGCAAAAUAAUUAACAUCAGCCAUUUCCAUAUGUUAAGAACUUUCAGUUGAUUUAAUGGAUCCUCCUUUUUAAAUAGCAUUCAACCCCUUACCACUAGUGACAGCUGCAAAUACCAGUUAAGCCCAACAAUUCCAGGUCCAGAACUCCUUUAGUCACCACCCCCUCUUCCAAUUAGGAAAAAAAAAGUUCAUGGCAACUUAAAGCAUCAACCUCCUCAUCUUAAGGUGGUGGUCCCAUCCCCCCCCCAUGAAAAUUACAUGAAGAUCACUGCACUUGUAUGGUCAUGGAGCACGUGGUUACUGACCUGUCACUCCAGGGAGCAGAGCGGGAGGUUCAUUAUCACCUUCAUAACCACCUGACAAACAGCAAUCCACGAGGGGCUGACACACACGAAAAGGAGACCCCAACCACCUUACACAGCAGGAUUCCCUGAACACACAUUCUGUCUGGGACACGACAAGCCUAAGAAUCAGAAACAAAAAUGUAGGUCCAAAUCCACAGUGCGCCUGGGUUUUAAUUAGAACAGAAAACACCACACCGUAGUCUCCCUAGAAAACCACGAAGUUCAGGUAGUCCUGUCCAGAGCCAACCACGAGACACACAGUAUCAGUCACCCCGUCACGUACAGUCUGAGAAGGGGCUGCACACUCUAGCUUGGGACAACAACUAUGGCUGUUUGCUUGAUAGUUCAAGAGCUUCACACAGCAUUGACUCACCCCCAGAUCUGGCUUUCACCAGCCAAUCUGCUGUGAAGACCAUUUAAAGCCCCAUCCCUGUCUGGAGCCUAGGAAAUGGAGUCAUACAGUUCUUUCCCACAGGGAAGAAUGCUGUACCUGUUAAACUAGGUGUGGUCAGGGUCGCUGAUCCAUAAAUAAGUAACGAGGCACCUCAGGGGAAGCACCGCUCAGCAAGACACAACACACAGAGCCUAAACACCGAGCCUGCAGCUUUCUGGCCACCACGGACUGAUGGAGACCCUCGCAACUAGACGCUUUUCCCUCAAACACUGCUCUUUGGCUUCUUGAAUUGGGAGGGUAGUUUCUGCUUAACAGCAACUAGUACAGGAUGAGGAUGUCUGGCCACUGAGAAUCCUUCCUACAUGUGGAGAAAAGUUUAUACGGGUGCUAUAUGCUAUGCUAGGUAGUCAAGGUGACAGCGUUCUAAAAACUUGAUUAAUUACUGUCCAAAAUGAAAGCAAAGAAUUGACAGAGUCAAUUUGUAAGAAAACAUUAACCACUUGGAACAGUAAUGUAUACCAUUAUUAUAAUGUAUCAAAAUUCACUUAUAUGGAAUCAAAUUGCAAAUUUUUUCCUGCAAAUGUUAGCAUGCAGCAAAAGCGAUCCUUUCAUCCUGGGAACACCUUUCAAUGUUCACAGAGGGAAGAAAGAACUAAAAACAUGACAUCUCACAGGCAUUUUUCUGUUUUUAGUAUUCCAGCAUCAAAUCUGAAGUUGUGCACGUUUCAAUACCAUCUAAACAGAACUUAGAAGCAGCAGCAAAUAUGUAAAGGUUUUCACAGCCUUUUCAUCAGAGGGAAGAAAAGAGUGUGUGAGUGUGUGUGUGUGUGUCUUCAAAUUCCUUGCCACACCAAUAGUCUACAAAGUGCUUAUCAGGACACGAAGUCUUUUUGUGUUCCUGAGAUAGGUCUGAAAUUUUUACCCAGUAUUCAAUGUAUACCUGAAGUGGUCAAAUACUUUAUAGAAAGUUUUCUACCUAAGAUUAUAGUUUUAACUUUAAAUAAGAAUGGCCACAAUUAACCAACAUGCAAAAAUUCUCAGACUACUCACUGAGAAUUCAUUAUACGAUGCACUUACCACCUUACUGCAUUCUUAAAUCUUUAUUCUGUACUGAACUGAUAUUCCCAAUUAGCCCAAGCAAAGGCAUGCCUUUCUAACACGAUUUGCUUAAAGCAGAGUUGAUGAUAAAAGACAGAAUCCAAAGACCCUCCCUCUGCAUGGCAACUUGGGAGUUGUCAUAGGGUCAAGUGAGCAAAUUUCACACGAUUGAUUCAUUCAGUUGCAAGUGGGCCCGCUCCCCAAGCGCUAAUUUACAUCCACAGAGUAACUCCUCAUGACGAGCCUGCUGCCAGAGUAAGGCAGAAGAACCCUCACUUUAAGGGCACUCUUCCAAACAAAUAAAUACAAAUACUGAAAAGGGGCAUAUCAAACUUUAAAAAGACAAACUAGCAGAAACCAAAACCCUUUCCAAAACAAGGGAACGAUGUCCAUGUGAAGUUCACUCAAAAAAAAUCCUUGCUUUACUUACAAUUUGUUCCUUAAAGAUUUGAUUUUAUUUUAUUGGGCAUGACAGGAACUAAAUUAUUAAUAAAAUAAAAGCUUGUUUUUAUUUUUA